CUGCGGCACUGAAACCAGGCCUUUGCCAGCUUGGCUUGCGUCAAAAAAGGUUCCUGGAGCUUGGUGAGUAAGAAGGAGAGCUUGGCCGUUGCAGCUUCGACAGUACCUUGGAUAUAAUUGUCGCGGAGUGCAGUGUAAGCUGGCCAGACGUAUAACUAAACCAUCCCGGCUCGAAGGAAAUAAGGCAGUUCGAAAACAAAUCACCAAACAUCCUCCACGGUCCAGCUUGUGCUGGGCCGUCGCUUUACGAGGUGAUGCCGCUGACACAGCUGAGCACGCGUGCCAGAAGCGGAACCGUCAGACUCAGCCUUUUGAUCUGCCGACGCCCACACGAGCGAACCGUCCCACCAACCAACGAGAUCGCGGAACGACGCUGCAGCUCGAUCCAGCAACGUGUCUUCCAGACAUCAGCCAAAGGUAUUUCCUCCCAACCCUUUCGUGCUCAUGCGCAUGGGCAAAAACCAGCGACACUCCUCUCGCACCCCUUGAUCUCCACCGACAGACCCUCUCGCCCCUUUCUCCUCGCGCCCCUCGUGGCCAUGUCGAGCCACCAAGUCCGAAACCAUGGCAGCCAUGGGCAUCACCACCACCACCACCACCACCAUCACCAUGAUACCACCUACCUUGUCUCCAAGAACAGGAGCGAUCCCGGCGUCCGCAUAACGCGAAUUGGGCUCCUGGCCAAUCUCGCCAUGGCUAUCGGAAAAGGUGUCGGAGGUUAUAUGUUCCAUUCACAAGCGCUGGUUGCCGACGCGUAUCAUUCUCUCACAGACCUUGUGUCGGACUUUAUGACUUUGGCAACGGUAACCUGGUCGCUCAAACCGCCGUCAUCGAAAUUUCCCACCGGAUACGGGAAGGUGGAAACCUUGGGAGCACUGGGUGUGAGCAGCUUGCUCCUCUGCGGAGGCUUCUUCAUGGGCCUAAAUGCAGCUGAAGUCUUGCUUGUUCAAGCUUUUCCAGAUAUUGCAGACAUGGCUGCCCACUGGGGGCUUCUUGGUCAUGGUCAUUCUCACGGACACAGUCACAGCCAUGGGCCUGCAAUUGGGCCUAAUAUCAAUGCUGCUUGGCUAGCCGCAGGAUCUAUUGUGAUUAAAGAAUGGUUGUACCAUGCGACUAUGAAAAUUGCCAUUCAACGCAAGUCGUCCGUGCUUGCAUCCAAUGCCAUUCACCACCGUGUUGACUCCCUCACAAGCAUUGUUGCACUGUUGACCAUUGGCGGAGCACAUGUCUUCACAGAUGCAUCCUGGCUCGACCCCGUCGGAGGACUUUUAAUUUCAUUGAUGGUCAUCAGGGCGGGAUGGGGAAACUCAAAGACAUCAUUGUUGGAGCUGGCAGACGUGGGCGUAGACGAAGAUAUGAUCGAUUCCGUCAGAAAGUCAGCCAUGAAAGCAUUGGCUACCGCGUCGAGCGGUUCUGAAGUGGAGAUUCGUGACAUUCAGGGUAUCAAAUCGGGUCCGAACUACCUCAUGGAUAUAGAGAUGGCAGUUCCAGAAACCUGGUCGGUCGGCCAUACACGACACAUUGAGGAGUUGGUCCGACAGCGAGUCGGUGCGCGCGUUAAGAGCGUCAAACGGUUGAAGAUACGCUUUACGCCAAAUAACCAGAAAGAAGUCACCUUUGCGGAAGAGUUCAUAGCGCCGGAUAUCAGUCCUCGAAGUAGCCCUGAGCCAGAGAUAGAGCACAGCGGCGCCGAAACAGCCAUCAAUUCUAAUCCAAAGUUACAACAAAAUGGUAUUCGAAAACGUGGGUGAGCUCGUGAUACAGGUUUCAAAUCGAUCUUGUGGACCCUCUUGUGCUAUAUGCGCAAAAUGUAUUAUCCUGACCUCCCCUAUGAGGCCGUUUGAUUUACGGCUUCGGGCAUGCUUCAGGAGGAGAUGAUACAUUCAGGGGUGCCUCUAUUCCGAACUCCUGCCGUGAAGCAAAGUACGUACAUACAAGCAGCUACUCUAAAAGAGGGGGGUUGGGGGCUUUUUCUGUGGCGCGCUUUGGUAGCUUGAUCUUGAAAUGCCACAUUUCCAGCGUUUUUUUCGAGGUUGGCGACUGGAUUUUUUGUAUGUCCUCGGAUAGAUUUCG